AGUCCGUGCCGGCCUCAUACUGCCAUUUCUGAUACUCUGAUCGUGUCUCCGGCUCUCCCGCUUGAAGAUUCCACGGCCGGCGGUGGCGAUCUGAGUCACCGGAGGAGCUUCCAGUGCGGCCGGAGCUGGCCAAAUGCUCGGCCUACUCGUAGUGCGGGUGAAUCGAGGCGUCAACCUCGCCAUCCGCGACCUACGGAGCAGCGACCCUUAUGUCAUCCUCAAGAUGGAGAAACAGAAACUGAAGACUCGGGUGAUAAAACAUAAUAUUAAUCCUGUUUGGAAUGAGGAUUUGACUCUUUCUGUUGGAGACCCUUGUGCUCCAGUGAGACUCGAAGUUUAUGACAAGGAUACCUUCAGUCGGGAUGAUCCCAUGGGCGAUGCCGAGUUCGACAUAGCCCCACUUGUGGAAGUUGUUAGGAUGAACCUACAAAAUGUUCCAAAUGGCCAUGUAAUAAAGACACUAGUGCCAUGCAGGAACAACUGCCUGGCCGAGGAGAGCCCUAUAUAUUGGUCAGAUGGUAAGGUGUACCAAGACAUUGUCCUUCGACUUCGAAAUGUUGAGUGUGGCGAAAUCGAACUCCAGCUUGAAUGGGUUAACAUCGAAGGUUCUAAGAGUACUUGAUAUUCACGGGAUCCUCAUCGUUGGCAUUUCUAGGAUGAGCUAUCUAUAUAAUGUAUGUACUAGUAAAAUUAGAUGAUCUGUACUUAAUGCACUAUAGUUAGGUAGAUGAGUAGAGAGUUCUUAUGCUGCUGCGUGAGGGUGUGGUCAUGUUGAUUUGGGUUAUAAAAUGCCAUGUCGGAUCAUCAAUGGUAGAAGGAAAUGACUUCCUGUUGUACUAUAAUGCAACUAGAAUGUUGGAAUUUGAAACUGCUGCUAAGUUGCAGUCUUGCAGAUAAAAA